CUUUAUCCUGCCAUAUUUUCCUCUUUACUCUUUCCGUCGAACUGUUAAUCUGGUUUAGGGUUUUCUUGCGUUUACCAGCUCUGCAACUUCUUCUCCUCCGACGAUGUCCGGCCUUAGCAAUGUUGAUCACCGCCACCGCCUCUCCGUUGACACUCCUCCGCCGCCGAUCCCCAAAGAUAUGCAAGGUUCUGAUAGUUCUGUUCCGCUUUCUCCUCAAUGGCUUCUGCCGAAGCUGGGAGAUAAUAAGCUUGGGCCAGCAGCUAGGGAGCCUCAUCCUCAAGUAAGCAAGCACAGUGAUCCUGCGAAAAGUCCGGGAAAUGUUGAAGACCUUAGUGUUACAGAAAAGAGAAAGGAUGUUUACAGGCCAUCCUUUUAUGACACAGAAAAAGGACGUCGUGACCACUGGGGUGAUGAAGAAAGGGAAGCAAAUUAUGUUAAUCGUCGAGAUCUUCGGAGGGAGGGAGAAGAGCUUGGUGAUUCCCGCAAAUUAGAACGGUGGCCAAACACUGCUUCUAGAUACUCUGGGGAAGCACGUCGUUUUCCAUCCGAGAGGCGGACUGAUUCUGGGAGUAGGGAAAGUGCUUAUGAGCCACGACGAGAGAGUAAAUGGAAUACAUGCUGGGGUCCUGAUGACAAGGACUCAGAAAAUUGGCGCGAGAAGUGGUCUGGGAAGGAUGGUGAGACAUCUAAUGAUAAAGGUACUCAUCAUCCAACCAUCCAUGCGAAGGACAUAAACAGCCAAGGCAAAGAUACUGAUAAGGAGGGAGAGCACUACCGUUUAUGGAGAUCUUCCCUUGCUGUAAAUCGUGUUAAGGGUGAAAAUAGUCCCUAUCUUACAUCAACUACUAAUAAACCAGCCCCAAUGUUUGGCUAUGGUAGAGGGAAGGGGGACACUGGUGCUUCUGCUUUUUCUGUUGAUCGUGGCAGGGUUGGGUUGAAUGCUAAUUAUGUGAGUGGUGUAUCUGGACGUCACUUUCCUUCAGGUACUGCCUCAGAUAGGUCCAAUGAUAAUCAUAGAGAUGCUCAUAUUCUAAGAUAUAGCCGGAUGAAGUUGCUUGACAUUUGCCGGACGACUGAUCUUAAAGGCUAUAGGAUGUCAUUUGAGUGGUUUCAAGAAUUUCCCUCUUUGAUGCUGGCAGACCCUCUAAUGCCGCUGUCACUAAUUGCUCCCUCUGCUGAAGAAUUGUUCAUUUUGGAGGCAAUAGACAAGGGGGACAUUUUGAGUAGUGGUGUUCCUCUGGCUUCAAAAGAUGGCUCCAGUGGGAAGAAUUCUGUAGAUUCAGGAUUACUAAUACCGACUAAAUCAGGGAUUGGAGAAGAUGUAGCGCGUGAUGUGAGUGAUAAAAAAGAUGAGAGAACUGGCUAUAGGAACAAAUAUCAGUCUUUUUAUGUUGAGGGUGCUUCAUAUGACAAAUGCUCUCUGGGUUUUGAUUCAGAGGUGCCCUUGGGUGAAAGCCUUUGUCAAUCUCAAGAGGUCUUAAAUACUGAAGGAUAUUCUGUUGCAGCUUCUAAAUUCGAAGUCCCAGAUAACAAGGUAUAUGAUUUAAGCAAGGGAGAAGCAAGCAAGGUGGAAAACACAAUUCCGUGCGGAUCUCAAUCAGUUCGAGUGGGGUCUCUUUGGUCAUCUAAUGAUCUGCUAGCUUUGACUAAAGAUAGAUCAGGAUCACCUGGUAUGGGCUGGUUGAAUACACGGAAAGAUAUGGUGAUUGAGCAGAGGAAUAGACCUGCUGAUUCCUCUUCUUAUCUUAGAGGUGAUCCACAGUGGCAGGAUACUGUAAAUCUUCAGUCAGAUGUGAGGACCGAGUCUCGGAUUAGAAGGCAACCAUCUGAGACAAGCGAGCAAGAAGGGGAAGGUUUGGUGCGUGUUCAUGGUCAGAAUGAUCCCUUCAAUUUUAGGGAUAAGUUAAGUGAGAUAAAACCCCAACAAUAUCUGUCACCUGAGCACCUUAGUUUAUUUUAUAAAGAUCCACAGGGUCAAAUUCAAGGGCCUUUUUCUGGCACUAAUCUAAUUGAAUGGUUUGACGCUGGAUAUUUUGGUAUUGACUUACUAGUACGCCUUGCCAGUGCACCAGCAGAUACUCCAUUCUCAUUGCUUGGUGAUGUUAUACCACAGUUGCGAACAAGAGUAAGGCCUCCACCUGGAUUUGGCUCUGCAAGGCAGAAUGACAUUGUGGAAGUGCCAAAUAGGGGAAAUUUUGGUGGUACUGGUGGCAUUCAUGCAGGUAUAUCUGAUUUGGGGCUAAUGAGAAAUGGCCAAGUACUCAGGACCGAUUUGAAAGUUAAAGCAGAAAAUCAAUUUCUGGAAUCUCUGAUGUCUGGUAGAAUCAGCAAUCCACUUUCAGAUAAUUACUCGUUAUCUGAAGGUAUGCAAGGAUAUAAUGGGCUUUCUGGUGGUAGGCCCUCGUUAGGAAUAGAAAAUGCAAACGAUAUGAAGUACUUGCUCCAGAAAAUGCCAUUGGAGCAACAGAGUCCCUUAUUAUCUCCAUAUCGAUUGGUUGGAGAAUCCCCAGCUAUCUUACCAAAGCCCGAUGCUAUUGGAGAGUUUCAAAUCCCUCCAAAAAUUCCACCUAAAAUUGGAGAAGUUCCUCACCAUAUCCCUCAGUCUCUCCAACACAUGGACCUAUUGUCUAUUUUACAAUCUGCAGCUGACAGAACUCCUCCACCUCCGAUUAAUUCUGCUUUACCUUUAUGGCCAAACUUUCCUGAGGUUCAAUCUCUGAAAAGCACUCAUGGAAGCUUGGAUAUGAUGAAAGACGCGUUGGAGUUACAUUCUAACCAGCAGAACUCCCAAACUGGAUUUGGAACUUUACCAAAGAGGUUGCAACCUCAAUUUCAGCCUCCUUUAGCAAGUCAAACACCAGUUGGAAGCCAUUCUUCUGGAGUAAUACCACCAGAAAAGUUGUUUACUUCUGAAUUUAGUCAAGAUGCACAGAUGGUUAAUUUAUUACGACAGCAGUAUAUGCUGUCCCAGCAGUUGCAUUCUCAGGUUCCUCUUCCCUCCCAUGUUAAUCAAAUGGAACUAUUGUUACUCAUGCAGAGGCAACAAGAGGAGCAACAGCAGAAUCAGCUGCUUAUGCAGCAGCAACAGCAUUUUCUUUCUCAACCCCUACCUGGAUUGCACUCAUAUAAGCAUAAUAAUGAUAGUCCUAUUAGUGCUGAAGUUGUUAAUGAAAAUGCUUCUUUGCAAAGUACUAUUCAUCAAAUGCAUGAUGUGAUAGCUCAAAGUAAUCGGCAGAUGCAGAUGGUUGAUUCUAAUGAUAGUUGUGCAUCAGGUCUUUCCAAUCUAAAUCUGCACGGUGCUCAGGAGGCGAAUAUUACUGAUGGUAUCGAGCAUUCACAGCAGAAUUUGCCAAUUCAAUUAAUUAAGCUUGCACCCCAUUCAAAUGCAAUGGAUGCUCCUCCUUUGUUGGAUGUGGUACCCGCUCAAACUUCUAAUAUUGAUCAAACUGCUUCAAUGCCCAUUGUCAAAUCUGCUGGGGAGGGUCAUGCAAAGGAAGCUUUUGUUCCUCAGUUGAAUUCCAUUGGCGUGGGCACAUCUGAUUUAUCACAAGAAUUGCCUUUGACUAUUGCUUCUGAUGCUGUAAACAAUUAUGUCUUAUCUGACGAAGGUGAAGGAAUUCUGGACUCAAAGCUAUCUGUUUCAGAGAUGAUUGAUGAUGUGAAAAUUUCUGAUGGCACCAUUUCUGAGCAAGUUCGUGGGGAAGCACCUGAACUGAAAGGAGUGAGAGAUGCAGAACAAUCUGAGAUUAAAAAAGUCUCAGAGAAGAAGCCAAGGAAGCACAAGACCUCCCAGUUAAGGGCAGCUGCAGAGGGCGGGAAGGGGUCAGUGAAAGCACCUGGUCAGAAGUCUAUAGCUAAUUAUGAUUUUGGGGGAGUAGAAAAAGGAGCCAUCGAAGCAGCAGAACCUCGUUAUAGAACAACAGUUGAAACAGGAGGUGAAAAUUGUGCUCCAUUUCUGUUGGAGUCAGUGGAUUCUCAUGGUAGUCUGUUGUCAUCAUGUGCCUUGGAUAAGAAAACUAAAGUUGAGGAAAAAAAAGUAAACGAAGGUGAAUUUGUGAUGCCACUUUCACAUAAUCAGGCAUGGAAGCCUGCUCCUGGACAGAAAAAGACGAAGCCACUUCCGGAGAUUCAAGUGGAGGAACAGCGCAGGGCUCAAACACAAUCAUUGGUUGCUAAUACUGUCCCUGAGAUUAUACCAGCAGAUGUUUCUGCCGCUCCCUUGACUGCUGGUUCGAUCAACUCAGGUCAGAAAUAUGCUGUAGAUACUGUCCAAUGUGAUGGUCUCGUGCAAUCUAUCUCUGAGAAUACUGAGAAUCGCCAGAAUCCUUGGAACUUGAGAAAUAUAAGCCAAUUACCUGAUGUUUUGGAUAAAGAGAUUUUACCUGAAUUAUUAGGUGGCAAAGAUAAAACAUAUAGUGAGGAAAAAGGAACAUCUUCACAUACCCUACCACAAAUUGGUGCUGAAAUAGAAGCAGGCUUAGAUAAUGGUGAUUUUAUUGAGGCAAAGGGCACUAGGAGAAGUCGGAAAAGGGCAGCAAAGAAUAAAAGCCUUGCAGCGAAGGCUUCUUUGCCAAGCAAUUCAGCAGCUGUCUCUGUUUCUGCAAGUUCUGCUGAACAGACCAAAGCCACUCGUCAAACACAGCAAGAUAACGAUUUACUGCCUAGCCCACCAGCUGCCCCAUCCUUUGGAGAUUUUGUCUUCUGGAAAGGGGAUCAAGAAAGUACCGUCCCAUCUCCUGCAUGGUCUACAGAUUCAGUAAAGAUACAGAAACCUGCAUUUUUAAGGGACAUUUUUAAGGAACAAGACGAGAAAAAAACAAAAUCAUCUCAACAGCAAACUCCAAUACCAACUCAGACCAAGAUCCAAAACAGUAAGGGGAGUGAAGGAAACAGUUCUUCCGUGCUGGUUCCUGGUUCUUCUCCAUCUAAGAAUUCGGUUUCUAUCAAUUCCAAGACUGCCGCUUCUACCCAAACGAGUUCCCUUGGUUUAGGACAGCACAAAACGGGAAUGGAAGAUGAUUUCUUCUGGGGGCCCCUUGACCGAAGCAAAGAGGGAAACAGGUCGGAUUUUCCAUCACUUGCCAACCCAAGCAGUCAGAAAGUGAAAGCAACUCCUGUUAAAGGUGCUUAUGGUGAAGGAUCAAGUAAGAAGGUAUCGAGCAGCAAACCUGUAGAGAAUUCUAUUACUUCCUCACCUUCUAUUAGCCGAUCUCUUUCUAAAGGGAAGAAAGAUACUGAAUCGAUAAAUUCAGAGGCCAUAGACUUCCGAAACUGGUGCGAAGAGGAGUGGUUCAGACUAACGGGCACAAAUGAUACAAGCUUCCUUCAGUUCUGCUUAAAGCAAUCAACUGCAGAGGCGGCAGUUCUUCUGAGAGAAAACCUUACGUCGCUUGACCAUGAUCAUGAGUUCAUCGAUAAGUUCAUAAACUACAAGGAAUUUCUUUCAUCCGAAAUCAUCGAAAUGGCCUUCCAAAGUCGAAAAAGCUCGAAGGCGACGGACGAGAAGCAAUCGCAGGCGAGCCAUAGCACCAGAAUCCCGAGGAAUUUAGAUGCUGAGAUAGAUGAUGGGGUAGAAGGAUCAAGCAAAGGGAAGAAGAAGGGCAAGAAGGGGAAGAAGGUGAGUCCAACCUUGCUGGGCUUCAAUGUCGUUAGCAACAGAAUUAUGAUGGGUGAAAUACAAACGAUUGAAGAUUAGGUGAUUUAGUGCAGAGGCAAAAGUACAUAAUCUUUUUGGUUCUCAAUCUGUAAAUUCCGUUGAUUUAAUUUAUUGCUUUCCUUUUUCUAGAUUUUUGUUCCUCUUGACCCAGUUUUGUAGCUUUUUUUUUCUUUUUUCUUAUGAGGGAAAUCUGGAGUUGUGGUGGCUCGUCUUAUGAAAAAAUUAGGGAUUUUUGUAAUGUGAAAGUAAUUGUGUAUAUUCGUUUUAUCACAUUUUUAAAUGAGAUGGAGAUCAGUCUCAAGUACUUUUGGUUUGA